GUGGCGACUAUAGCCCCUUCUUCCUUUCUGUAGAACCUCACGUUGGGUAGGUUUACCCAUAGAGUUAGAGCACCACAAUGACAUUAUUCUACCCACUAUUGCGGCCUCUUUCGGCCUUUUGAGUGAGUCAGGGCAGGGGAGGCUAAAGACCUUGCAAAACUACAAUUCCUCAUCUGCAAGCAGGCUCCGCCUAUCCUCCUCGAGGCCUUCUCUCCGUCCCGACUCUAUACCUUCCUGAGAGUGGUCCGAAAGCUUAGCUGCAGUUUGCGCUCAUGAAUAAUCAAGAAAGGCCCCGACCCCGGCUAGACCGGCAAUUUCUCCGACGUUUUUUAAAGAUCCAGAAAAUUUUAUUUUCUACAUGCUCCUCCAAGAAUACCCUGAUGUUCCUAACCUUGCUGGGAGUUGCCCUUUUGGAGCAGCUGAUCAUUUACCAAGUGGGGCUGAUCCCCAGCCAGUAUUAUGGGGUUCUGGGGAGCAAAGACUUCUCUGGAUUCCAAAAAAUAACCAUACUUGCUCUGAUGCUCAUUGUAUUGAACUCUAUGUUAAAGAGCUUUGACCAGUUUAUCUGCAACUUGAUGUAUGUGAGUUGGAGGAAGACCCUCACGGAAUACCUCCAUGGCUACUACUUCCAGGGCCAGGUGUAUUACACAUUGAAUAUUGUGCAUGAGGAAAUUGAUAACCCAGACCAACGAAUCAGUCAGGAUGUGGAGAGAUUCUGCAAACAAUUGAGCUCUAUGGCCAGUAAGCUGGUUGUCUCACCCUUCACACUUGCUUACUACACCUAUCAGUGCUUUUACAGCACUGGCUGGAUGGGUCCAGUGAGCAUCUUUGGUUAUUUUUUCAUUGGGACCAUUGUCAACAAGAUCUUGAUGAGCCCCAUUGUUUCAAAACUGGUGCAACAAGAGAAGCUGGAAGGUAAUUUCAGGUUUAAGCAUAUGCAGUUACGGGUGAAUGCUGAAUCUGCUGCUUUCUACAGAGCUGGUGAAGUGGAGCACAUGAGAACUAAUCGCAGGCUACAAAACCUUCUGCAAACUCAAAGGGAACUGAUAGGCAAGGAGCUACUGCUAUACAUUGGAAUCAACACCUUUGACUAUCUGGGAAGCAUCCUGAGUUAUGUGGUGAUUGCCAUUCCCAUAUUUAGUGGCAUCUACAAUGACCUAGAUCCAGCAGAACUGAGCUCCUUGGUUAGCAAGAAUGCCUUUGUCUCUAUUUACCUGAUUGGUUGCUUUAGUCAGCUCAUCGAUCUCUCCACCACCGUGUCGGAUGUUGCUGGGUACACACACAGAAUUGGGGAACUGCAGGAAAUGCUGCUGAAACUAUCCAAGAAACAAAAUGACUGUGAAUUGCAGGCCAAAUGGGAUUUCAACAGUGUUUCCAAAGAUAAGAUGAACCCCAGUGAUACUGCCUUCGUCCUGGAGCAUGUCUCUAUCUCAGCUCCUUCACAAAAGCUGCUCAUCAAGGACAUGAAUCUGAGAGUCACACAAGGGAACAGUCUGCUAAUUACUGGCAACACUGGCACAGGGAAGUCCUCUUUACUGCGUGUCCUUGGAGGCCUCUGGAACAGCCAACAGGGGAAUGUCCACAUGCUAACUUGCUUUGGCCCCCAUGGAAUGGUGAUCUUGCCACAGCGGCCUUUUUUCACAGAUGGGACCCUGCGAGAACAGGUGAUAUACCCCUUGAAGGAAAUCUAUCCAGAUUCAGGGUCUGCAGAUGAUGAAAGGAUACUGAGAUUCCUGGAACUGACUGGACUGUCUGACCUGUUGUUGAGAACGGGAGGUUUGGACCAACCAGUGGACUGGAACUGGUAUGAUAUUCUGUCUCCAGGUGAGAUGCAAAGGCUAUGCUUUGCCCGGCUUUUCUAUCUCCAACCUCAGUACGCAGUGCUGGAUGAAGCUACCAGUGCACUGACGGAGGAAGCAGAGAGUGAAUUGUACAGGAUCUGCGCCCAACUAGGGAUGACUGUGGUCAGCGUGGGACAUCGUAGCAGUCUGGAAAAGUUCCACAGUUGGAUUUUGAAACUAUGUGGAGGAGGAAAAUGGGAAUUAACGAGAAUCAAGAAAGACUGAACAGUUAAAGUCUCCGCUGGGCUCUGUUACUAAAGUGCCUUCAAUUCAACAUGCCUUAAAGGAAGACCUUUGGCUCAGGAUUUGGAAUUUCACAGCCAAGAGAUGGCAAUGAGGCUUCUGUAACUGAAGGACCUUGAAGAAUGGGAAUAAGAAGAACCCUUAUUCUAGCCAUUUAGGUGAAUUGCCUUGAUGAUUGUUUUUACUACUUUGUCAUGACUUUGAUGAGAAAAGAAGAAAGGGAUUCGUCUUCCAUCUGUUCAUCUUACUUGAAAUGAGAACAGCUUGGAAAGCUGUGCAGCAGCAAACAUGAUGGAGGUGUCACAAACUCCCCUCAACUGAACCUGUCUAUAUUAUUACGGAUCAGUUUCAUGCUCUUUGCCUGAGCACAACCUCCAUAAGGGAUGCAACAGUCUCGACUAUUAACUACCUCACUAUUGCAAAUGUGCAUUCAUUCUCUUUGUGGAAGUUUGUUGGAAGUGCGAUGAAGAAGAAUCAAACCUUUCCGAAAGAGCCUUUGGUGGUACUACUGAACUUGCUGACCAAAAAGUUAGCGGUUUGAAUCCAGGGAGCGCUGUGAGCUCCUGCUGUUAGCCCCAGCUUCUGCCAACUUAGCAGUUCACACACAUGCAAAUGGGAGUAGAUCAAUAGGUACCUCCUUGGUGGGAAGGUAACUGUGCUCCAUACAGUCAUGCAGGCCACAUGACCUUGAAGGUGUCUGUGGACAAUGCUUAGAAAUGGAGAUUAGCACCACCCUCCAGAGUCACUGAACUAGACUUAAUGUCAGGGGACAUCUUUACCUUUACAUUUACUAUAGAUCAGUGGUUCUCAACUUGUGGGUCCCCAAGUGUUUUGGCCUUCAACUCCCGGAAAUCCUAACAGCUGGUAAACUGGCUGGGAUUUCUCGGAGUUGUAGGCCAAAACACCUGGGGACCCACAGGUUGAGAACUACUGCUAUAGAUCAUGUAAGCAUUUAUCUAACAAACAUGGAAACAUUGGAAAUAAUGUCAGCCUUUCCUACUGCGGCAGACCUCUUUAUCUGCUUACAUAGAGAGAAUCGCAACUGGCAGGGCUGCAAGAAUGAGAAAAGAUGAGAAAUCUUUACCCCAUUUUGAUUGAAAUUCAGAAUACAAAGGCAUGGCGUCCAAUAGACAAAAUAAUGCACUGAUUUUAAUAGAUAGGUAAAUAGAUAGACGGACAGAUAUUCUGUAUCCACCCUUUUAUAUUUCCCUCUCCUUUCUCUUUUAUGAGUAUGUCCAAAUGUUUCCAGUGUGAAAAUCUGAACCUCUCCCCCAUCAUUGGAAUAAAGUUGACCAACGCUCCUGA